ACCGGAAUUAGCGGUUGACGACCGUACCAUGGUUGUGUUACAGGGCAAAGGAAGGUAGAUGUCAGACGGAUCUCCGCACAAGUAGCAUCACAAAACAAGAUGAUUUUUAAAAAGCAUAUAGCGUGAUAAAGGACGAGGAGGACAUUUUGACAUCUUCAUCACCAAGUCGGAGCCUUUAAUUACGACACCGCGCGCUUCUUGGAGAGUGAUGCUGGCUGCCUCGAGCUGUGAUUGUCCACACCUGGAGUGCGUUGGAGAGAUCACUAAAGAUGAGCUCAUCCAAAAGUCUCAUGGCCAGUGCCAGGACUGCAGUGUUGGUGGACCAAACCUCUGGGCCUGUCUGGAAAAUGGAUGUGCUUAUGUCGGCUGUGGAGAGUCUCACGCUGACCACAGCACGGUCCACUCUCAGGAGACGCAGCACAACCUGACAGUGAAUCUGACCACGCUGAGGGUUUGGUGUUAUGCCUGUUUAAAGGAAGUGUUCCUGGACAGGAAGCUGGGCCCUGUAACCCCGCCCACUGGCACUGCCAAACCCAUCACGCUGCCUGACCAGGAUCCUGGGGUCCUGGGCGGCCCUGCCACUCUGAGAGUCCCCGAGGACCUGGAUAUGGAGACGGAAGAAGACGACGACGUGAAGACUAGAGGUCUGACCGGCCUGAAAAACAUCGGCAACACCUGCUACAUGAACGCAGCUCUGCAGGCGCUGUCCAACUGUCCUCCCCUCACUCAGUUCUUCACCGAAUGUGACGGCCUGGUCCGAACAGACAAGAAGCCGGCGCUGUGUAAAAGCUACCAGAAGCUCGUUACAGACCUGUGGCACAAAACCAGGCCUUCCUACGUCGUCCCAACCAACCUGUUCCAGGGCAUCAAAGCCGUUAAUCCGAUGUUUCGAGGUUACUCCCAACAGGAUUCUCAGGAGUUCCUACGCUGCCUGAUGGACCAGCUCCAUGAAGAGCUCAAGGAGCCCGUAGAAGAACCCGAGGACCAGAAUCAGAGCGCAGAGGCGCACGAGGACGAGCCAAACGAGCCGUCAGAGCCGAACGAAGCUCUCGAGGUUAACGAAGCAGACAUGCUCAUCACAGACGAGGAGAAAGCGAGCCGAGAGCGGCAGAAGGAGAAGAACCUGAUCAACGAGCUGCACCGAGCCGACCCGGACAAGGACGAGGACAUGGCCAGCAUCGUCAGCAGCCAGGGAGCCAUGAAACACAGCAAAGCCACGGACACUAACCCAGAGAUCCAGAUCAGCAGCAGCAGCUGGACCCAGAGCCCGAGUGCCAGCGAGAACAUCGGGUCCAAAUUGUCCUGCAGCCCGCCCAAAUCCACCCCGGUGUGGCCGAACCUCAAUGCGGCUCACAAGAAAAUGAACGUAUUUACGCCGCCAAAGAGCAAGCGGCAGAGGAAAUACCGCAGCAUCAUCUCGGACAUUUUUGACGGCACCAUCGUCAGUUCGGUGCAGUGUCUGACCUGCGACAGGGUCUCCGUGACUCUGGAGAACUUCCAAGACAUUUCCCUGCCCAUUCCCGGGAAAGAGGAUCUCGCCAAGCUUCACUCUGCUACACAUCAGACGUCGCUGGUGAAGGCGGGUUCGUGCGGCGAGGCUUACGCUCCUCAGGGCUGGAUCGCCUUCGUCCUCGAGUACAUCAAGAGCUGGUUCUGGGGCCCGGUGGUCACGCUGCAGGACUGUCUGGCCGCCUUCUUCGCUAGAGACGAACUGAAAGGAGACAAUAUGUACAGCUGUGAAAAGUGCAAGAAGUUGAGAAACGGAGUCAAGUUCUGCAAAGUUAAGAGUUUACCGGAGAUCUUAUGCAUCCAUCUGAAGCGCUUUAGACACGAGCUGAUGUUCUCCACCAAGAUCGGCACUCACGUCUCUUUCCCGCUGGACGGCUUGGACCUGCAGCCCUUCCUGGCCAAAGACAGCUCUGCCCAGACUACCACCUACGACCUGCUGUCCGUCAUCUGUCACCAUGGCACCGCCGGCAGCGGUCACUACGUGGCUUACUGCCGCAACGACCUGAACCAUAUGUGGUAUGAGUUUGAUGACCAGAGCGUGACCGAAGUCUCCGAGUCCUGCGUUCAGAACGCCGAGGCCUACGUGCUCUUCUACAAGAAGAGCAGUGAGGAGACGCAGAAGGAGAGGAGGAGGAUCACGGCUUUGCUCAACAUGACGGAGCCGAGCCUGCUGCAGUUCUACGUCUCACGCCAGUGGCUCACCAAGUCCCGGACCUUCGCCGAACCCGGGCCCAUCUCCAACCGUGACUUCCUGUGUGCACACGGAGGUGUGCCGCCCCACAAGGCUGCAUAUAUCGACGACCUCGUGGUCAUGCUGCCCCAAAACGUCUGGGACCAUCUGUACAGCAGGUAUGGAGGAGGGCCAGCAGUCAACCAUCUGUACGUCUGCCACACCUGCCAGAUGGAGAUCGAGAAGCUGGAGAAACGGUGCAAGAACGAGCUGGACAUGUUCGUCCGGCUGAACAAGGCGUUUCAGGAGGAAGAGUCCCCCCUGGUCAUCUACUGCAUCAGCAUGCAGUGGUUCCGGGAAUGGGAGGCUUUCGUCAAGGGCAAGGACAACGAUCCUCCAGGACCCAUCGACAACUCGAAGAUCGCCGUGAACAAAAACGGCCACGUCACGCUCAAGCAAGGCGCCGAUUCGGGUCAGAUCUCAGAGGAGACGUGGAACUUCCUGCACUCGAUCCACGGCGGCGGCCCUACUGUGACUGUGCGACCCAGCGUGAACCACCAGGACCAAGACUCCUCUCAGGCUGAGGAGAAGAUCGCGGUGGAUACUCGAGCCCUGUAGAGUAGAGAGGACACAGGAAAAUCCUUCAAUUUGCACUUCCACACUCUCUCUCUCUCUCUCUCUCUUCAUUCCCUGUGUGCAUUCCUUACAAGCUUCACUAUAAUACACUUCAUGUUUGUAUAUACAGCACUCUUUGUUAAUUAGUUAGUUAGUUAGUUAGUUAGUUAGUAAUUGGACUGAAAAUCAGCACAUUUCCUCUGGUGUCAUCGUACAGCCAGGACGCUGAGCCUAUACGUACUGCUAAGUCAGUCGCACUGAAACACUUUCCUUUAAACACACGUCACACACGUUGUUAAUAGUACUCAUUGCUUCCGGCUUUCGGAACCUAAGAAGACGGAGCUCGUGCUGCGGAGAAUAAAAAGCGAUUCCGCUCGUCGCAAAACGGCCGCCUGCUAACGUUAGCUUCGUGUUUUAACGCUUACCGUAAACAUUACUGGCUUGUAAAAUCGUUGAUAAUAAUAAUAACAAUGAUAAUAAUAUAAUAAUUACAAAAUACGUGGCUUAUGGUUCGAGGCAUAUUUAAUUUUUUUACCCCCGUAUCGUUUGAAGGAAUUUUAGGAAACAGUAUCUUUGCUUUUUUUUUUUUUUUUUUAAAUGAGCUAUCCCUUUAAAGCAGAGCUGAAGUCAAUGACUGAAUAUAAGUACACUAUAUAACUUAAACAUAAAUGUAAAUCUUAUCAUCGUGAACGCCAUUCCGAAGCGCUUAGAACCCUAUUUUCCGGAACUUGAUCCAGGUCCUGGAUCAAGACGUUUAAAACACGAAUAUGUAUCCAGCUGGAAUUUACCAGUAUUUAGUUUUUGUCCCUUUAGAGUUGCCGCGGCUUAACGAUCUCGACCGAUCGCUUUAACACGCUCUUUGUGAACAUCCCUCUAGUCCUUUAUAUACUCCGGAAAAUAAGGUAAUCUCAGGAAAGCGCUUUUUGUUUUUCUUUCCCCUUACUGUUCGUCAACGUCGAAGCAGCGCAUGCUCCAGCAACGACAUCCGUGUAUGAACGUAGUCGCGUUGUAAAAAGCCCUGCGUGGUCGCUUAUUUAUUUCAGAAGGUCAUGUGAACAGCCAGAACGUAGAACAUAGACAUGUAUAUUUUAUCUCCCUCCCACCUCCGCUAAUCCAGAUUCUGGACGCACGAUAGAAGGAAAGCUAACGAUCGCAUGCGAGAUGCUCAGAACCUCCUGAAACGUGUAUGAAAUAAAUAAAUAAAUAAAUAAAUAAAUAAA